AUGGUCUCAUCCACGGACUCAGGGAUACACGGACAGAGAUUGAGUACGGCUUUCGCUCAGAGAGGCUUAAGAGAUGACCGAGUAGUCAGAUCUCACAGGCAUGCUAUUUCUCCCGCAAUGAGAAUAUUAUCGACAACUCCAUUUCACCAGGCGCCAAUACCAGCCGUAGCGCUGCAGCAGGAAGAAAACAAACAGCAGAAACGUAAUGGUUUGAUCCACGGCCCCAGGAUACACAAACAGCGCCGUGGUGAAGCAGAGUUUGUCCAGACACGCACAAGAGAUAACCGAGUAGCAAGAUUUCACGGAAAUGCUCUUUGCGAGUCUUCCUCGCGAGGAGAUAAUUAUCUCGAACACUCCAUUCCACCACAUGCCGAUACCCGCGGUGGCGCUGCAACACGAAAUAGACGCACGGAAGAAGUACACAGAGAAAACGUACGGGGGACUUGCACGGAAGACUUGCAUGGAGGAAACGCAAUGGUCCCAUCCAAUGGUCCAGCUACCGGCUCAGGGAUCGUAGGACGGCGACGGCGCCACAGUUUGUCCAGAGACGCAAUAGAGACACAACCGAGUAGGCAUGGCCUUUCUUGCAAGGAAAAGAUGAUCAUACACUCCGUUUUAUCACAUGUCAAUUCCAGCGCCAGCGCUGUAGCAAGGAAGGAACGCAGCCGUAUGAUCUACUGGUUCAGGGAUUCAAGGAAGCGACGGCCGUAUGACUUGCUCCAAGAGGUAAAAGACACACGACCGAAAAGAAAUUGUCUUUUUCGCAAUGAGAAGAUCAUCGUACACUCCGCUUUAUCACAUGUCAAUGCUAACGGCGGCGCUGUAGCACGGAAGAUACUCAAUGCCAGCGACGGGGCACAGCACGGAAGACGCUCAAUGCCACCGACGGGGCUACAUUGCGGAGGACACUCAGCGCCAGCGGCGGCUCUUCUGCUUCGAAUCCAUGAGGACAGCAGCGGCAACACGACUUGCCCCAAAACGACAAGAAAUAUACCAGAGCAGGCAGCGGAGGAUUUUCUGGCCUCGUCUCCUGGCCUGUGGAUUCAAGAACAGCGGCGGCGCUAUAGCACGGAGGAUCUACAAUGGUUUCAAUCCCUGGUCUGCAGACAUUGCUCGAUUUGCUCAGAAAUGGUUCAAGAGACGCGACCGACGAUCCAGACUUUACUUAAACACAUGGCCUUCGUCGUAAAGAGAAGAGGAUUCAUGUGGUAUUUCAUCGCAUACGAAGGACAGGGGUGGCGCUGCUGCAAGAAGGAUACAAUGUCCUGGUCCGCAGACUCGGGGAUACGAGGGCAGAAGCGGGACUGCAGCACGAAGGAAGGUAGAUCCACGACAGUACCAUCAUCUUGGCCAAGAGAUACUGCGUGCCUUGCCCGAGAACGUUCGCAGGGUCGCGAAGGACCUUCCAGAUUUUUCAUGCAUGGUCUUUGCCGUAGGAAUACAAUUAUUGUAUACUCCAUUUCAUCACAUGUCAAGGACAGAGGCGGCGUUGUAAGGAAAGAGGUGAUAUUGCAAAAGCCUGUGCAAGUGGAAAUUUACAAUGGCCUCAUCCCUCGCGUUGAAGACAGCUUCAAAGACUUUGGCCGGCUUGCUCAACGAUGGACGAGGGAGGUAUGGCUGACUUUGCAGAUUUUCAGAGCAUUUUCUUCGUCAUGGAGAGGUGAUCAACUUAUACUCCACUUUAUCACAUGUCAACCAUAG